CAAGAACAGGUUGCUCUCAUCUUUCUUCAACUUAACUGUUGCUACCCAACAAUUUCUCCUCACACCAACACUUAAAUACACACACCAAUCUCUUCCGAAUCUACAGCCCCCUUUUCAUUUCAAUAGUGAUGCACCCACCCGAAUACCCUAUCCGUAGAUUUUCAGCCCAGAUGGAACUCACACUCUGAACAAAAAAUACAAAGAAAAAUCUGGCGAUGAAAUGGAAACCACAACGCUUCUCCUCCUUUUCUCCUCUUCAAUCUUCACUUUCCUCACGAUGCCAGCUCUAUCCGCCAACCCAUGCAGGCCCGAUUCGUGUGAUACCACUUUCGGCGUGGAGGUCCGAUUCCCAUUCCGGCUGCGGAACCGUCAACCCGUCCGCUGUGGCUACCCGGGUUUCGACCUGUACUGCAACGCCCAGAACCAAACAAUUCUCAGCCUCCCAGAAUCAGGGGAGUUCGUAGUAGACCAUAUAGAUUAUACUGCCCAAGCCCUUUUCAUCAACGACCCGGAUCUCUGCCUCCCGAAGCGGAUCCUCAACUUCACCCUGUCGGGUUCGGUUUUCCGGGGCGCUUAUAUGAGAGAGUACACCUUUUUGAACUGCUCUUCGGACUAUAUGGAUUACACGGGCACCCGUUACAUCCCGCUGUUUUGCCUUAGUGGGAGGAACUACACAGUUCUGGCGGUGAAUUCGCGGUCAUUGGGGGGUGGGGUGCCGGCGGCGUGCCGGGAGAUUGCGAACGUGUCGGUCCCGUUGCAGUGGGGGCUUUCGCAGUUCUAUUGGAUGGAUUUGAGGGAGGAUCUUGAGCUGGUUUGGAGUGAGCCGGCGUGCUGGGGGUGUGAAAACCAGGGGGGCAUUUGCGGGUAUAAGGGGGAUUCCGGCCGCGAGAUUGGGUGCUACCGGCGUUCGAGAUCUGGUCUUCCUAGAAGUGCAAAAUAUGGAAUCAUAGUUGGAGUUGGGAUACCAGGACUAGUGUGCAUCAUUGGGCUCGUAUGUUAUGCUUGUGGCAUGGUGCGGGCAUUUAACAUUCAGCGUCGCCUCAACUCUAGCCUCCCAACUGUUGCUUCCGAUCAACGGCCAACAAUUAGGUCAACCAGUGGCUUGGACCGGCCGACCAUAGAGUCAUAUCCGACGACAGUUUUAGGGGAGAGUCGCCGGCUCCCGGAGCCGAGUGAGGGCACUUGCCCGAUUUGCUUGUCCGAUUACCAGCCUAAGGAGACGUUGAGGAGCUUACCUGAAUGCAAUCACUAUUUUCAUGCUAACUGCAUUGAUGAGUGGCUCAAGCUCAACGGCACUUGCCCGCUGUGUAGGAAUUCGCCGGAGAGCUCUAUAGCCACACCAUCUUCCUCAAUGUCAAUAUCUUCUUCGUCGUCGUCAACAACAUUGGAUCGUCAUUAGGGCCUGGAUUGACUUUCCUAUGUGUUCUUUUUUCCCGUGAGAUAUAAAAUUCACCUUUGUAUAAAGUAAAAAAAUAUAAAAUUCAUCUAUGUAUAAAUGUAAAACAAUUGGUAGGAAAAGAAUGAUGAGUUUUUGAAAGUUGAGUUUAGAAUUUAAAUCAAUAUAUAGUUUUGGGUAAA